AUGGUGAACCCUGUUCUGUUGAAAUUCCAGCUCAACAGGCAGCCCAAUGCCGACAUCCUGGAGCACCAGCGGAAGAGGCAGCUGGAGGUGAAGUGUGCCGAGCUGCAGGACAUGAUGGAGGAGCAAGGGUAUUCUGCUGAGGAGAUCGAGGAGAAGGUGAACAGUUUCCGCAUGAUGCUGCAGGAGAAAGAGGAGCCUGCACCCGCCUCCACCGAGAGACCAACGGUGACAGAGACGCAUGCCCUCGCUGCAGCCAACCAGCAGAAGAAUGACCGCCUUCGCGCUGCUUUUGGCAUCGCCAGCGAUUACGUGGACGGAUCGUCCUUCCACGCUGACCGCAAGGAGAAAGAGAAGGAAAAGAGGGAGCAGGAACGACUGGAGAGGGAGAGGCAACAGCAACAGAAAUACACGUUGCUGGAAGAUUCAGAUGAAUCAGAUUCUCCUCCAAAGAAGCGCAGUCGCAAGAAGAAAAAGAAAAACAAGAGCAGAGACAGAGAGGUGUCAGAGGAGGAAGAAGACAGUUCGUCAGAGGAAAAAGAGAUGGUGUCGAAGAAAAACAGAAAAAAGAGUGAAAGCGCGAGUCCUCCAAAAGCAAAGCCAGGACGAGGCAGGAGCGCUUCCUCCAGCUCUGCUCACAGCAGCAGCCCAUCUCCGGCGCCACCAAGAUCACGCCAACAGGACCAGACUGGAAGAAACGUUGUUGAAGGUAGAAAAGGCAGUUCUCCAGACAGGAGGAGACGAGGCCAUGAGGAGCAGAGCCCAGAACAGGGCGAACGGAAGAGGCCCAAUCUUCAGAGGGAAAAAGAGCGACCAAGCGAGAUGGAGAGGACCUCCAGGAGACACAACUACUCAUCCCCUUCUCCCCCACCACAGCUGGCAAAAGCCACAGAGAGAGGAAGGAGGUCCAGGAGCAAGCAGAAGGAGAGUGAGAAAGGGAGGCGCUCAAGAAGCAGAGAAGUGGAGAAAAGAAGGCGUUCCCAGAGUUUGGAGAUCAUGGAGAAGAGGAGGCGCUCGAGGAGUGUAGAGGUGGAGAAGAGGAGGCGCUCGAGGAGUGUGGAGAUCAUGGAGAAGAGGAGGCGCUCGAGGAGUGUGGAGAUCAUGGAGAAGAGGAGGCGCUCGAGGAGUGUAGAGAUGGAGAAGAGAAGGCGCUCAAGAAGCUUAGAAAAUGAGAGGGAAAGAUCACGACGUUCAAGAAGCAAGGAGAAGGAGAGAAAUAGGCACUCCAGAAGCAGAGACAUACAGAGGGGGAGACGAUCGAGGAGUCGGGACAUGGAGAGGAACAGAGGGCAGCAUUUAAGAAUAAGAGACACGGAGAGGGUAAGGAGAUCGAGGAGUCGAGAGAUGGAAAGGGGGAGACGAUCGAGGAGCAGAGAAAAUGAGGGGGAGAGAAGUAAGCGCUCCAGAAGCAGAGACAUGGAGAGGGGAAGAACAGCAAGUCCAGAGAUGGAGAGAGGGAGGCGUUCAAGGAGCAGAGAACAGCGGGACAAAGGAAAGGAGAGCAUCCCUCAGAGGACAAGACAUGACUCCUCCUCAUCCCCUUCCCCUUCCCCUCUGAAACAGGAAACCAGGAUGGAAAGGAGCAAAGACGGAAUUAAACUGGACAAAAAGUCAAGACAUGACUCCUCCUCCACGCCUUCGCCUCCCCCUGAAAAAGAGAGAACAAGGAGGGAGAGGAGUAGAGAGAGGGAGCGCAGAACUAAUGAUCUGCAGUCAGCAGUGCCAAACGAAAGGGACAACAGGAAGGAUGCAAGGAGACUUGCGAGAGAGACGCCUCCUCGCCAGCAGAGAAAUGACAGGAAGAGGGACGGACAACCAUCCCGUGGCUCCUUGUCACCUGCUUCCCACUCACCUGUCACCAAUGGACGUCAGAGGGAAAAGGAGAACGACAGGAGAGGAGAAACGGACAGAGAGAGCAACAAGGAGAAGGACCGGCAUCUGAACAAGCAGAGGGAAGAAGACAGAGUCCAGGAAGGCAAGAGGAAGCGGGACGAGGUUCGAUUGUCCUCAGAAAUCAGGCGAGAUGAAUCAAGGCCUGCCGAGAAGGCGGUGAGUGAAAGACCGGAGGCGAGGGAGAAGCCUGCUGAGAAACGGGAGAGCAGCAGCAGCAGCAGCAGCAGCAGUAGUAGCGGCAGCAAUAGCAGCAGCGACAGUGACAGUGAUAGCUCCUCAUCUUCUUCAUCAUCUUCCUCCUCCUCCUCCUCGUCCUCAUCCUCUGAAGAUGAAGACAAGUCAAAAAAGGCUGGAUCCCCACAGAGGGAGAAGGACAGCCUAGGAAAAGCUGCACUGUCUGCCAUCGGGAUUGCAGUCCAGAGACAUUUAGCCAACGGUAAACAGCAAAGCUCGGCCUCUGAGCGCGACACACCCAAAAGCUCCCAGAGGGAGCGAGGAGGAGGAGCAGGGGGAAGAGAUGCACCCGAGAGGGAAAGACUGCCUCAAAGAGCUCCGACAGAGGAGUGCUCACGCCGCACCAAAGGCCAGGAACGCUACAGCCCCACACAGAUGGACAGUCCCAGCCCACCUCCUUCCCCACCCAGCAGAGCAGGCACCAGAGCAGGCAGGAGAUAUUCUCCCUCUGAGGCUGAUGGUGGGAGGGGGAGAGCAGAGGUAAAGGCUGGGGAAAAGGAGAGAGGGAGGGACAAAGACACAACCAGGGGAGCCACAAGGUCUAGCCCCUUUGCCCGGAGGUCACGCUCUCCACCCCAGAGGAAAGCUACCGUCUCACCCCCCCGUCGCACUCCACCCAGGCAGUAUCAGGACCCCCCAGCCCGGUCCAGAAGAGUUUCUCCACCUCCUCCAGCCUGGUCAGACCGAGACAGGGACAGGCAGAGGCAGAGGGACAGAGACCGGGAGAGGGAGCGGGAUAGGAUCAUCAGGAGGACCAGGUCCAGAAGUCCAAGGAGACGUAGCAGGUCCACUUCAAGAGGUCUAAGAAGACGAAGCCCCCCCAACAGGCCUCGGCGGUCUCCGUCUCCACAGCGGCGAAGAAGGACAAGUCGCUCGCUCUCACGUGAAAGAGAAAGGGAGAGAGAACGUGAGAGGGUCAGGAGGAGGGAGCUCGAGCAGGAGCGAGAAAGGGAGAAGGAAAAAGAAAGCCUGCAGCCAAAGGAUGUUCCCCAACCCCGCAGGUCUUCUUCCUCGUCAUCAUCUUCUUCCAGCUCCUCUUCUUCCUCUGCGUCUUCACAGUCACCGCCGCCAGAGAGGAAAGACAGCAGAGGACCAUCAGAGAGGGACAGGAGAGCAGAUCAGCAGGACGAGAGGAGGGAGCAGAAAAGCCGCCCCUCUGCCUCACAGGGCGCUUCUAGAGACUCUUCUCAUGCUCCACCCUCAGGUGGGAGAGGCUCACAGUCGGAUUCUCGCCGCUCUGAAGUGACCCCGCAAAGAUCUCUGGGGAGCAGCCAACCAGACGGCAAGCAGCCGCACCGGGGUCAAAGCGGAAAGCGGUCGCCGCCAGCCAGCCGCCAGCCACCCGAACGAACGGGCAGAAGCGAGAGCGCUGUAAACGGGAAGGAGGCAGAGAUGAAGAGCAGCAGCUCCAGCUCCUCUUCAUCUUCUUCCUCCUCUUCAUCAUCCUCCUCCUCCUCAUCGUCAUCAUCUUCGUCCUCUUCAGACAGCUCAGAUUCUGAAGCCGAGCAGGAGAACGGGAAGGCAGCCAAAGCUAAGAGCUCUGCUUCCUCUUCCUCUGACAACGAGAAGGAAGCAAAGAAGAGAAGCCCCGUCAGGCCUCAGCGGGUGCCGGCUGAUUCGCUGAGAGAUUCUCGCUCCCUCAGUUACUCUCCUCCCCGACACGUGAGACCAGUGGCGUCCUCACCGAGCCGCAGAAGCAGCAACAGACGGUCACCGAACCAAUCAUCGAGCAGCAGACGAAGGAAGUGAGCCGACAGCAGACGCCUCCCUUCUUCUUCUGUGGUGUUUGAACUGGACUACAACACAAACUCCAGAGCCAGCAGAUCUGCGUCGCCGGGAGGUCUCCAGUGUUAGUGGGUUUUUGUUUUUUUUGUUUUUUUUAAGCAGCGAUGGCUCGAGGCUGGCGUGUACGUCUCUUUUUAUGAGCUCAGUAAAAAGUUCACCCAGUUAAGUAAAGCGUAACUCUAGCACUGUUCCUCUGUACCUGUACUCUGUGUUGCGUUUCACCUGUAGAUAUGAGCUGUCUGUAUUUUGGUUAUCAUGUGAGUUCCAUUUAAUGUGAGCGGAAACUGAAACGUGGUUAAUUUCUUUGUUGCAAAUGAUUAAUAACAAUAAUAAAAGGCAAU